AUUUAAAUAACUUAUUUAAAAUAAUAAGAAAAAAAAACAUUUUGUGCUUAAAAAACUUAAAAAAUAAAAAAAUCCUUCAAAACGGCUGCUUUAAACUUAUUAAAACAAAACAGAUUUUGUUUUUUAAAAAACAUCAUUAUUUGAUAUUGUUAACGAUAAAUGGAGAAAAUUGAACAACAAUUUCAUAUGAGUUCUUCCUUCUUCCUCCAUGAGUAUCCUGAGAGUUUUAUGUGCCUGAUCAACAAGAUGCUGUUAAAAGUUGAGAAUACUCUAUUGCGUAGUCAUCGUCAGCGAGAGACCACCGGUAUUAAGAAACUCUACAAUUCGUUUUUUGUAUUGUUUUAAUUGGUUUGUGGUAAAAACAAAUUUACACCCGUCUCUUUGUUGCCGGUCAUAAGAAAUAAUUUGUAUUAAACUUUAAACGUAUAAUCAUUAUAAAAAUAUAAAAUAAAUAUAAAACUUAACAAAACUAAACAGAAAAGAAAG